AUGAAAGUUCUACCAUAAGUACUUGCUAUAAAUCUAGUUACACAGCAUGCCUGAUGAUUCCAUUGAGUACCAAAAUACUAGCACAACAGUAGUACAAGUUCUUGAUAAGAUGGAGAAAAGUAGGGCUAAAGAUGGAAAAAUUUCAGCCCUUCGAAAAGGAGCAUGGAGUGAGGAAGAGGAUUCACGGCUGAGGAGAUGCAUGGAGAAGUAUGGUGCAAUAAAAUGGUGCGACGUGCCUUCUAAAGCAGGUCUGACUAGAUGUCGGAAGAGCUGUAGGCUUAGGUGGCUGAACUAUCUCAGUCCAAGUAUCAAGAGAGGGAGGUUUGAAGAUGAUGAGGAGGACCUUCUCAUCAGGCUCCAUAAACUGCUUGGCAAUAGGUGGUCACUAAUUGCAGGAAGACUUCCAGGAAGAACAGCCAAUGAUAUCAAGAAUCACUGGAACACUUAUUUAAGCAAAAAGAUUAUCACCACAGAGAAGUCAUGGAACCCUAAAACUAUAGCUAAAGGUACCACCAGUGUAAAGCCAAGGGAGAAAAAAGGAGAAUUUGAGAUCAUCAAGCCACAACCUCGGACUAUUCCAAUGACUUGGAGCUGGUCGAAGGAUCAACCAGAAAAAGGAGAAUUUAAGAUCAUCAAGCCACAACCUUGGACUAUUCCAGUGAAUUGGAGGUGGUUGAAGGAUCAACCAGUGCACCGAGGACAUUUUCAAGACAAGUCUGGAAUUAAUAUUGCAGACCCACUACGGUCAUCAGUGAACAAUAAUGUCACAAGGGAAGAGAGUGCAACAAUCAUCCCUGAGAAGCUUGAUGAUGUCUUCUUAGGCAUUGAUGAUAUGACAGUUGGGGAAAUGCAGAACAACUUUGAGGUUGGGAAUACUGGAGGAAAUGGAGAUGAACAGUUCUUUCUGCAAGAAGAUGCAGGAUGGGCUGCCUUUCUUCUGGAUUUGAAUCUCUAGAACAUUUUACUAAUUUUAUGUUGUUUUCUAAUUAUUAAUCUUGCAAUGAAUAAGCAUGAUCUUGUGGGCCCCAGCCUUGUUUCCAUUCAUUUGUAAAGACCUUUCAAGCCGGGAUUCUUGACCUCGUUCCAUGCAAA